CAUUUUUUUUUUCAAUUUGUUUUCUCUCUCUCUUCCGAUGCUUAAAGUAGAAGUGGAGCAGAAAGGUAAACGCACUGUUACCAAUGCUAACCCCUAACUCACACUUUGUUCUACCUGUACCAUACUUAUGUGACCUGCCCUCCCUCCCGGCCCCUUCUUCUCUCCCCCACCCACACUCGGUCCAGUCGGUAUCCCCAACCCCGGGUUGUCCUCCCAGCGGGGCCAGCCCUGGUGCGGCCACGGGCAUCUCCACCCUCCAGAUACCCACGGAAGCUCUUCUCUGAGCUUGGGCAGAAUUUCUCUCUCUCGCUGUUUCUGUCUCUCUCUGUCCCUCCUUCCUGGUCCCUGGCCCUUUCCGGGGACCUGGCCUUCUCUCAUACUUCUUUUGCCUCCUUCAGGAGAAGUGUAUAAGCAUCCAGGGCGGGUGGGGAGGGAGGGACUCCCUUCCCCGGCUCCCCCACUGGGGCACCGGGUGAGCUGUCUCUCUCUCUCUGUCUCUCUCUCUGUCUCUCCCCUCUCUCUUCCUCCUUCCCCUGCACCUUUUAUAACAAGUUUCUGGUUCAGGGGAGGCGGGCUGGAGGGGACACCAUUGUUUUCCUUUUGGGGAGCAGAUUCCUCCUAUGUCUCGGGCUCCUGGUGGCUUAAGUUCCUUCUGGUUUGACGUUUCCAAGGCCCAGAGCUGUUUUGGAGCACGGAGCACCAGUCCUCCCCACCCCCACCCCGAUCCCAUCUCUGACCAGCUGGGGGCCCAGCCCUGGGGAGGGGUGUCAGCUGUCCCCAGCCCUGGGAGGGGGCAGCCUGCCAAAAAAUGAAAAAAUGAGGGCGAGGGGGCGGGGGGGGCCUCAUGGUUGGGGGAGCGAAGGGUGGGGGAGCGUGUUCUCUGUUUCUUUCACACUUGCAAAGCUGCAGUCAGGGUUUCUUCUGGGCUGUUGUGGUUAGAGGACCAGGGAGAGGGGCGGCGGGCGGGGGGGCACAGUCUGGGGACUUCCACAGACUCUGUAAUUUCUGGCAGAGAACUCCCUAGUGGAUGGGGCUGUCCGUUACUGGUGGGGCGGAGGUGCUGCUGCUGAGGGGCUUCUAGGGUGAGACGUUAGGGAUGACCAUUUCCUCCCCCGAAAGUUUUGGGAAAUUACCCAUUUGAGGCUGGCAGCAGUGGGCGGGGCUGGAGGACAUGGCCUUUAGGGGUCCCUUGUGCCUUGAAAUUACAGUGGUCUGUGGAGCAUCCCUUCCGAAGGAGGUGGGGCAGGGCCCCUCUGAGCUGCUCCCCUCCCCGUCUUCCCCUCUCCCCCAUCUCAGAGAGGCCUGGGCUGUUGGCCCGAGGUCCGCCCCCUCACCGCACCCCUCCACUCUCCUCUCUCUCUCCUGGAGUCUCUCUCCCUCCCAGCACCAGCCACUCUUCUUGCAGGCCCACUGGUUUGGAUGCGGCACCACUGGAGCUUUUCUCUUCGAGGGCCAGGGCAGGGCGGGUGGGGUGAUGGGGCAAGGGAGGGAAGAGGAGGGAUUGGGAGCUUGGUGCUGGUGAAGGGUCCUUGCUGUCCAAGGCCCCAGACAGACCCUUCCUCAUCUUCUCCCCCUUCCCCUGGGUUGACCUCUAACCACAUUUUUCCUCCCCUGAUACCCUCUGAGCAGGUUAGGCUCUGAGGCCUCCCCCCAUCCCCCUCACACAAACAUGUCCCCUCAGAUGCCACACACCUGGCGGGGGUGGGGACCGGCUUGGGCAGAGGCCGGUGUGCUGGACGGAGUGUGCAGGCCGAACCCCUCGGGGCAUCAGGGACAGGGAGGUGGCCAGUCCUCAGGGCCCAAGCCAGGGUCAUUCUGGCUCCUGCCCAGCUCUAUGUCCCAGGCUUCUCUCCCUCUACAAAAACUACAUCCUCCUGGCUGCUUUGUGCCAGGGGGUCCUGAGCCACAUUGUCCCCAUGCUGUGAAGGGAAUGCUGCCUGUCCCCCUCCCUCCCAAGCCUGCUGAAGGUGGGGAAUGAGGACUAGCUCUUGCCCAAGCCCCUCUUGCCACUGGGGCUGCCCCCCCAAGCCGGUGCCAGGUCCCAGCCACCCCCCCAGUCCCCUUGGGGCCAGCUGCUUUGGUGACAGGCCAAGCAGGAGCAGAGAAUUCACUGCAAACCCUCCGCCCUCGCCCCGUGCCCUCGCCCUGGCCUGUGUGUGGGUUCUGCCAGCUGGGAGGUGAGGGAGGCCCGGCCAUCCUGGAUGGAGGGGCGCGUGGAUGUUGGCACUCUGGGAGGAGGUGGGGGAUCUGACCACACUGACCCCCGGAUCAGUCAAGGGGAGGCUAGGAGUAGGUGGCGCUGGGACGUGACUGGGCAAGGGUGGGCCGGCCAGCAGCGGCCAACGAGAUGCAGUUGAGGUUUUCCUCCUUUUCAGGGAUUGGGGGGGUGGGGCGGGGCCCCCCACCUUUCUGACAUCAGCGCUGCCUUGGUCCCUCCUCCCGAGCCGGGGAUGGUCGCAGGUGGUCUGCAGCGCGGCCUCCCACGGAGCCAGGACCUCGCCAAGCCCCCAUACCCCCUUGUCUCUCUUCCCUCUGCACAGCUCUCCGCUCCCUCCCCAACUCUCCCGGGAGUACUGUCCCUCUCCAUGUCCCCACCCCUACCCCCACCCCUGUGCACAGUGCCACUGUCUGCUGCUGAGCCAGACCCCAUGAGAGACCCUGCCGGCUGGGGGCAGGGCUGGGCGCCCUCCAGGAGGGGCCAGACUCUCCGUUCCCUGUCCUAGCCUGGGAGCUGCCUGUGGGAAUCCCUUCCUCGGCUACUGACUUCGUGGGUACCGGGUGGGGGUGGGGCGCAAGCUGCAUCAGGAACCUGGGGAGAGAGUUGAAACCCCUAUCCUUCCCCCAGCCUAGAAUAGGGGGACACUCCUGACACCCACAGUGGGUACGGGAACAUCACUCUACGUUGCAAUUUUUGCAGGAGGAAGAAAGUGGAGUUAAAAAAAAAAAGUCUGUCCGGGUGUGGUUGGUGAAGGAUGGGAGCCUGGACCCUAGCUCUUCCCUAAGUGGCAGAGAAGAGGGAGAACGGGCCAGGUGCUGAGUCCCUGGACUGUCAAAGUCAGGAGUGACUCUAGUGGGGAGAUUCUGCCCCCACUGAAAUCACACAGGACCACCUCUGGGAGGGCUCUUGCCAACUCCUCCCCAGCCUGUGGGGUCUCUAGCAGCCAGGGAAGGGAAGAGGGGCUCCACUUCCCCCACUAACCCCGCUCUUAAUGGCCUUCAGGGCUCACAUUUCCAGGGAGAGGGGCAGCUGGGCAGGGCGUGGGGAGGGGGGUCGGGUCCCAGCCCGGAAACCCCCUUCCCAUCACCAGCCCUACCAAGCAACCGUGACUGCAGCAGCAGGAGGGGACAACCUGACUCCCCGCCGGCAGCGUGACCAACUUGCCUCUCUCCCCCCGUCUCUCUUUUUCCUCCCUCUUGCCUCUGCCCCUCCUCUUUCGUCUCCUCCCCUCCCGCCCGCUCUGCCCAGUCUUCGUGUGCCCAGGGACCCUGCAGAAGGUGCUGGAGCCCACCUCGACACACGAGUCAGAGCAUCAGUCUGGCGCUUGGUGCAAGGACCCGCUGCAGGCAGGUGACCGCAUCUACGUGAUGCCCUGGAUCCCCUACCGCACGGACACACUGACCGAGUACGCCUCGUGGGAGGACUACGUGGCCGCCCGCCACACCACCACCUACCGCCUGCCCAACCGCGUGGAUGGCACAGGCUUUGUGGUCUAUGACGGUGCCGUCUUCUAUAACAAGGAGCGCACGCGCAACAUCGUCAAGUAUGACCUGCGGACGCGCAUCAAGAGCGGGGAGACGGUCAUCAAUACCGCCAACUACCACGACACCUCGCCCUACCGCUGGGGCGGCAAGACCGACAUUGACCUGGCGGUGGACGAGAAUGGGCUGUGGGUCAUCUACGCCACUGAGGGCAACAACGGGCGGCUGGUGGUGAGCCAGCUGAACCCCUACACACUGCGCUUCGAGGGCACGUGGGAGACGGGUUACGACAAGCGAUCGGCAUCCAACGCCUUCAUGGUGUGCGGGGUCCUGUACGUACUGCGUUCCGUGUACGUGGAUGAUGACAGCGAGGCGGCUGGCAACCGCGUGGACUAUGCCUUCAACACCAAUGCCAACCGCGAGGAGCCUGUCAGCCUUGCCUUCCCCAACCCCUACCAGUUCAUCUCCUCCGUUGACUACAACCCUCGCGACAACCAGCUGUACGUCUGGAACAACUAUUUCGUGGUGCGCUACAGCCUGGAGUUCGGGCCGCCCGACCCCAGUGCUGGUGAGGACGACUCACUUCCAGGCCCAGCCACUUCCCCACCCCUCAGCACGACCACCACAGCCAGGCCCACGCCCCUCACCAGCACAGCCUCGCCCGCAGCCACCACCCCGCUCCGCCGGGCACCCCUCACCACGCACCCAGUGGGUGCCAUCAACCAGCUGGGACCUGAUCUGCCUCCAGCCACAGCCCCAGCCCCCAGCACCCGGCGGCCCCCCGCCCCGAAUCUACACGUGUCCCCUGAGCUCUUCUGCGAGCCCCGAGAGGUGCGGCGGGUCCAGUGGCCGGCCACCCAGCAGGGCAUGCUGGUGGAGAGACCCUGCCCCAAGGGGACUCGAGGAAUUGCCUCCUUCCAGUGUCUACCAGCCUUGGGGCUCUGGAACCCCCGGGGCCCUGACCUCAGCAACUGCACCUCCCCCUGGGUCAACCAGGUGGCCCAGAAGAUCAAGAGUGGGGAGAACGCGGCCAACAUCGCCAGUGAGCUGGCCCGACACACCCGGGGCUCCAUCUACGCGGGAGACGUGUCCUCCUCUGUGAAGCUGAUGGAGCAGCUGCUGGACAUCUUGGACGCCCAGCUGCAGGCCCUGCGGCCCAUCGAGCGCGAGUCAGCCGGAAAGAACUACAACAAGAUGCACAAGCGAGAGAGAACUUGCAAGGAUUAUAUCAAGGCCGUGGUGGAGACAGUGGACAAUCUGCUCCGGCCAGAAGCUCUGGAGUCCUGGAAGGACAUGAAUGCCACGGAGCAGGUGCACACGGCCACCAUGCUCCUGGACGUCCUGGAGGAGGGUGCCUUCCUGCUGGCCGACAACGUCAGGGAGCCUGCCCGCUUCCUGGCUGCCAAGGAGAACGUGGUCCUGGAGGUCACAGUCCUGAACACAGAGGGCCAGGUGCAGGAGCUGGUGUUCCCCCAGGAGGAGUACCCAAGAAAGAACUCCAUCCAGCUGUCAGCCAAAACCAUCAAGCAGAACAGCCGCAAUGGGGUGGUCAAAGUUGUCUUCAUCCUCUACAACAACCUGGGCCUCUUCCUGUCCACGGAGAAUGCCACAGUCAAGCUGGCCGGCGAAGCAGGCCCGGGUGGCCCUGGGGGCGCCUCUCUAGUGGUGAACUCACAGGUCAUCGCAGCAUCCAUCAACAAGGAGUCCAGCCGUGUCUUCCUCAUGGACCCUGUCAUCUUCACCGUGGCCCACCUGGAGGACAAGAACCACUUCAAUGCCAACUGCUCCUUCUGGAACUACUCGGAGCGUUCCAUGCUGGGCUACUGGUCGACCCAGGGCUGCCGCCUGGUGGAGUCCAACAAGACCCAUACCACGUGUGCCUGCAGCCACCUCACCAACUUCGCCGUGCUCAUGGCUCACCGCGAGAUCUACCAGGGCCGCAUCAACGAGCUGCUGCUGUCGGUCAUCACCUGGGUGGGCAUCGUGAUCUCCCUGGUCUGCCUGGCCAUCUGCAUCUCCACCUUCUGCUUCCUGCGGGGGCUGCAGACUGACCGCAACACCAUCCACAAGAACCUGUGCAUCAAUCUCUUCCUGGCCGAGCUGCUUUUCUUGGUCGGGAUCGACAAGACUCAGUAUGAGAUUGCCUGCCCCAUCUUUGCCGGCCUGCUGCACUACUUCUUCCUGGCCGCCUUCUCUUGGCUGUGCCUGGAGGGCGUGCACCUCUACCUGCUGCUGGUGGAGGUGUUUGAGAGCGAGUAUUCCCGCACCAAGUACUACUACCUAGGCGGCUACUGCUUCCCGGCUCUGGUGGUGGGCAUCGCGGCUGCCAUUGACUACCGCAGCUAUGGCACUGAGAAGGCCUGCUGGCUCCGAGUGGACAAUUACUUCAUCUGGAGUUUCAUCGGGCCCGUCUCCUUCGUUAUCGUGGUCAACCUGGUGUUCCUCAUGGUGACGCUGCACAAGAUGAUCCGAAGCUCAUCUGUGCUCAAGCCCGACUCCAGCCGCCUGGACAACAUUAAAUCCUGGGCUCUGGGGGCCAUUGCACUGCUGUUCCUGCUGGGCCUCACCUGGGCUUUCGGCCUCCUCUUCAUCAACAAGGAGUCGGUGGUCAUGGCCUAUCUCUUCACCACCUUCAACGCCUUCCAGGGGGUCUUCAUCUUCGUCUUUCACUGCGCCUUACAGAAGAAGGUGCACAAGGAGUACAGCAAGUGCCUGCGUCACUCCUACUGCUGCAUCCGCUCCCCUCCCGGGGGCACUCACGGAUCCCUCAAGACCUCAGCCAUGCGAAGCAACACCCGCUAUUACACAGGGACUCAGAGCCGAAUUCGGAGGAUGUGGAAUGACACUGUGAGGAAACAGACAGAGUCCUCCUUCAUGGCGGGUGACAUCAACAGCACCCCAACCCUGAAUCGAGGUACCAUGGGGAACCACCUGCUGACCAACCCUGUGCUGCAGCCCCGUGGGGGCACCAGCCCCUACAACACCCUCAUCGCCGAGUCGGUGGGCUUCAAUCCCUCCUCGCCCCCUGUCUUCAACUCCCCAGGGAGCUACCGGGAACCCAAGCACCCCUUGGGAGGCCGGGAAGCCUGUGGCAUGGACACCCUGCCCCUGAACGGCAACUUCAACAACAGUUACUCCUUGCGAAGUGGGGAUUUCCCUCCCGGGGAUGGGGGCCCUGAGCCGCCCCGAGGCCGGAACCUAGCCGAUGCGGCGGCCUUCGAGAAGAUGAUCAUCUCGGAGCUGGUGCACAACAACCUGCGGGGGAGCAGCAGCGCGGCCAAGGGCCCUCCACCGCCUGAGCCCCCCGUGCCACCUGUGCCAGGGGGCGGGGGUGAGGAAGAGGCAGGCGGGCCCGGGGUUGCUGACCGGGCUGAGAUUGAACUUCUCUAUAAGGCCCUGGAGGAGCCUCUGCUGCUGCCCCGGGCCCAGUCGGUGCUGUACCAGAGCGAUCUGGACGAGUCGGAGAGCUGCACGGCCGAGGACGGCGCCACCAGCCGGCCCCUCUCCUCCCCUCCGGGCCGGGACUCCCUCUAUGCCAGCGGGGCCAACCUGCGGGACUCACCCUCCUACCCGGACAGCAGCCCUGAGGGGCCCAGUGAGGCCCUGCCCCCACCCCCUCCCGCACCCCCUGGUCCCCCCGAAAUCUACUACACCUCGCGCCCGCCAGCCCUGGUGGCCCGGAAUCCCCUGCAGGGCUACUACCAGGUGCGGCGUCCUAGCCACGAGGGCUACCUGGCAGCCCCAGGCCUUGAGGGGCCAGGGCCCGAUGGGGACGGGCAGAUGCAGCUGGUCACCAGUCUCUGAGGGGACCUCAUGGACCAGGGGCUGGUGGCCCAGGCCAGGGAGGGAACCCUGGGCAGGGCUCGGGUGGGAGAGGGAGACAGAUGGAGGCAGUGGCUGGUGGGCCACUCUCUCCAGGUGCCCCUCAGCCAUGGGCCCUCCAGUCCCCUCAGGGGACUCUGACCUGGGGGCCUGAGGUGCCAGGGUUCACAGACAGGGUUUCCCACCAGCCACACGCACCAGCUCUAUUUGGGGGAAGUGUAGUGAGGAGGAGCCCAGAGGUCCCCAGGGGAGCGAGGAGGGAGAACUUGGAAGGGGGCAGCCCACUUCCAGACUCUCCACUCUCCCACCCUUCUACGCCGUGAAGGGAAAUGAGGGCUUUAGUUUCCCUGGGCGGGAGGGGCAGCUUCUGAGGUUGCCAAAGGCCCCCACUGGAUCGAACCUGUCAGCUGCUCCUCUCCGCAGCCAGAAAUGCUGCCGGCUGCACCCAGAGGGAGCAGUGAGGCAGGACAAAUGGACAGGUUCCUCCUGCGCUACAAUUCCUUGCUCCCUGGAGACUGGGAAAAGGCCACAGGGCAGGGGGACUGGGCGGUGGUGGCUGGUGGUUUAAAGGUCGAACUUUCUCUGAAGCUCCUUUCCCCUUGCUCUUGGUCCCUGCCCCCCAAGCAAGCCUGCCCCCUCUGCCUCCCAGUGCACCCAAUGACCCCCUCCCUUGGGGCGACUCCUGAUGAAGCACAACUCCCCGCAGGGCCCCCAGCCCACAGGGGUGGCCAUAUUUGGGCAGUUCCCAGUCCUGUGGGCUCGGCUAUCUGGGGAGCAGAUUUUGGGUCUGGAUCUCCCUGGGGAGUGGGUCCUGGGCUUGGAUCUUUCCCUGGGGGGCCCUCUUACUCCUUCCUCUCUCCUCCUCCUCCUUCCCCAUUGCUGUAAAUAUUUCAACGAAAUGGAAAAGAAAAAAAAAAGACAAAAAAAAAAAAAAAAGACAAAAAAAAUCUCAUCACUUGAAGCCACCGGGAGCCUGCGGCCCGGGCCAACCUGGGCUUUCUCCGGAGCAGAGCGGCGCUGCCGGCCCGGCAGCCAGGACUUCUCCGUGUACGUGCAUCCCCAGCCCCCACCGGGGCGGGCGGGCCGCCAGAGCAGCUUUUUACAAUCCAGAGACAGAAAACAAAAUCUAGAUGCAACAGCGAAACAAAGAACCCAUUUCCUUCCUGGCACCCGUUUCUGUCCCCUCCUUUCCUGCUCUGCCUGCCCAGCAUCAUCAGCCCUCCUGGGGCGUGUACCUCACUGCCUGCCCCAGGACCAGAGGCCUGUCUCCCCCUUCCCUCCCCAUCGGCCCGGGGGAGACCCCCUCACACCCAAAGAUGCUUUGUCAAGAUGGCUGCGCUGUCCCUUUGAGUUCCUGCUGCUUGUAUGUUGCUUUGGGGACUCUAACUGGGGAAAAUGGGGCUGAUUUCCCACCUAGAGAGAUUGAUGGCCAGAGGAAAAUGGGGAGGAACUGGGGUUCUGGAGGGCAUGGGUAUGGCUGAGGAGGGUGCUGGAGUGGCAACGUGGUCUUCUGUCUGGGGGAGGGGGAAGGGGCAAAGGUGAGAGGUCACCUUCCCUACCCUCCACCUUCCCACAGGGAGGAUGAAGCCAGGUGCCAGGGCUGGGGUCAGGACACCCAUGUUCUGGGGGGGCUUGACCCCAAAUCCCAGACCCUGGAAGCUCCAGGCUCGGGAUGUCUCCUGAGCACCUCUCCCAGCCCCCUCCUCUCCAGCCUGUCAGCCCAGCCUCUCCAGUCCCCUCCCCUCAACUCUAGGGGCAACAUAGCCCUGAGGCCACCUUAGCCCAGCCCCUGCAUUGCCAUUUCCCCAGAGGUGGCCUGUCCGCCUCUGCUCUGACCUCUCCCCGUCUCUUUGCCCCUCCUUCUUUUCUCACAAGUGCCAUGAGUUUUCAAACAUCUUCGGGUCUCAGCCUGCUGCUGCCAUGAACUUUGUUGGGUUAAGGGGGAGGGGCUCUAGGAAGAAACGGGGGAAGGGGACAGGUAGGUGGCUGGAGGGACCCUUUUUGCUGCUAGAAAGCCCCUCCCUUCUCCUGGGGAGCUGGGGCUGGCUUGUCCCCAUCAAUUAGGGGAGAAGGGGUCAGACCAAAGAUGGUGGUUUGUCCCGUGUAAGGGAACAGGUGUGGGGAAGAGGUGGGGUUGGGUUCCAACUCUGGCUUUUUCUGGUAGAAAGGCCUAACCCAUGACACCAGAAGACUAUGGGUGAAGUCUAGAUGGGGAGGAGAAGCGAGGCCAGGGACAGUCUUGCCAGACGACUCUGAGGAGGGCCGGGACAGUUCCAUGGACCUUCCUGGACUGCACUAGGCUAGGAGCUCUUGUGUGGAGGGGCGGUCAGAGGUCUGUGAAGAGCGGGCAGGAGUCAUGGGCAGGCAAAGAGCCGGCCCGGCCUGAGCAGCAGCCCAGCUACAGCCUGUGGCUGCCCCCAACACCAGGAGGAGGGCCGGGAGAGUUCCAGGGGGGCUGAGACACACAGGGAGGCCCACUUCCUCCCUGCCUAGCCUUCCUUGUACCUCUCCAGACUCGGACAAUCAAAGGGAGAGAGGGUGUAUCAGUCCUGUUUCAGCCGGCAUCGCCCAGUGGCCUCCAGGCCUCAGAGCUGUGUGGCAGGGCCCCCUGCUGGGGCUGGACACCACUGCAGUCCAGUGCAAAGCUGCCCUCAGAGCCCAGGUGUCCCCCCCACCUAACCAGACCUGGUGCCUUGACGCCCCCACCCCAGCUGGGACGGUACAGAGAAGGGUCUUGGUUUCCUCUCCUACUCCCUUCCUUGGGCUCCUGAAAUUUGCUCCUAAAUCUUGUUAAUUCUUUUUCUCUGGAUUUUGGUUUCUUUUGGCUUUCCCUUGCCUUCCCUUUCUCUCUCUGUCUCCAACUCUCUUUCCCCACGUGUUUCUCGCUGUCUCUGUGUUCCUCUUCUCUCAUCCUCAACUUUCUGUCCAUUCGGGCCUCCUCCCCGCCUCCCACGCCCCAGCCCCUCCCUCCUUGGUCUCCUUUUCGAUAUGCCAAACCAAUUUUGGGUCGAGUGCAUUUAACGAGAACAAAACAAAAGGCUCAUAACAACAAGAACGUUUCAGAAAAAAAACAAAAAGUUUUAAAAAAAUUGUUGAGUCAAAAAGUCAAACAAUAAAGAAAUUAAGAUUUCUUGGAAUGACAAA